AUGAUGAGAAUAAGCAAAUGUCAUUUUGGUAAUCCAUGUCGUCUAUGCAAAUGUUUUAUACUGUAUACAGAUCGAGAUAAAGGAACAUCGUUGAAUCCAUAUGGAAUUGUUGCAGAGCCGUACGAAAUAACUGAGGAUCGAUGCUUAGCUCUAUGUCUUAGCGAUAAGCGAUGCAAAACUGUUGUUUAUGGUUUAGUUGGUGGUCGAAAUAUUUUUGCAUGUGAAUUUUAUGAAAACGAUGAUACUAUGGAUUUCAUUUAUGUGCCAUUCGUAAAUUCAUAUAUACCUCGUAAAGGCGAAUGUGACACUUCGUGUAAGCAUUUCAUUUUAUCUAAGAUGAUUUAUUUCAGUCAUAUUUUGAAAUUAGGAAGUAUUUUGCUUAUGGCUUAUGCAAGACAAUUCAAGUUAUCGAAAAGAUCGCUACAACAAAUUCAGUAG